AUGACUGUGGUUGAGCACUUGAACUUCUAUGCUCGAAUACGAGGAGUGCCUGAUCUUACACACAACGUCAACGAGGUGAUGCGAGGCGUCGGUCUCCAGCCUUAUGCAAAUCGUAUGGCGGCUAAACUCUCGGGCGGUAAUAAGCGAAAACUCUCGCUUGGAAUCGCUCUUAUAGGCAACCCUUCUGUGCUACUCCUUAACGAGCCUUCUUCCAGCAUGGACGCUGCAAGCAAACGAGUCAUGUGGCGGACUCUUGCUUCCGUUGUGCCCGGCCGCUCGCUCGUGCUCACCACAUACAGCAUGGAGGAAGCCGACGCGCUCGCCAACCAAGCAGGAAUUAUGGCCAGUAGAAUGCUAGCUUUAGGAACAACCGACCACCUCAGACGAGCAUCCUAA